UCCCCGCCGUCUCCUCCCCUUCUCCCCCAAAUUUUACCAUCUCCCCUCCGCCAACCCAAUCGCCUCCAAAACCCCCGGCGGCAAAACCCUCCAUUUCCGCCGCCUCCCCCGCCCUCUCGUCUUGCACUUGCGGGGGCGCCUCGCUCUCCCCUUCGGCGCGGGGCUCGCGUCGCCCUCGCUUUUCUGCGGCCUGGGAGGAGGGGAGGAUGCAGGCCGCGGCCGGGAGCGUCUCCUGGGUCGCCGCGCAGCCGUCCGUCCUCGGCCGGUGCGGCGGCGGCGGCGGCGCGCCGUCCGCUUCGUUCAAGGGGAGGGCUGGCGGCGGCGGCGGAGGAGGAGGCGCGGGCGUCCGCGGGGUCGGCGUGGUGCGGUGCUGCGCGCGGGCCCAGGCCAAGGAGAAGCGGCCGCCGCGGGUGCGCAAGUCCAAGGAGGAGAGGAGGGAGAUGGUCGAGUCUUUCAUCAACAGCUACCGGGUAUCGAAUGAUGGAAAGUUUCCGUCAGUCAACCUUACACACAAGGAAGUUGGAGGGUCCUAUUAUAUAGUUCGUGAGAUCGUGAGGGAUGUCAUCCAAGAGAACAGAGUUCUUGGUCCUGGUGGUUUGGAUGCUACGGCGCUGAGUUUUGAAGAUUGCCCUGAUUCCUCAGAGGUAUCCAUGAAACAUGAAUUUGGUCAAGACACUAUAGAGAGCUUGGAAAUGUCUGAUAAUGGACAAGUUGGUAAGUGUUCUGUGUCAGAAUCAUCCAGCAGCGAGGAAUCAUUUUCAUUGCAAAACAACUCCAUCAGCACUGAGAUACUUCUGGGGUCAUCUAAUAUUUUAGAGGUUGGUGUUCUGAAAAGUGUAGUCCAAAAUGGGAGUGCAGCUGGUGCAACAUUAUUGGAGACAAACCUUGAGAAGCAAGAUGAAUUUCCAUCUGGGGGACCAAUUGAGGUUAGCCUGAAUAGUUCCGAAGAGCAAGAUCCUUCAUUUGCUCAUGUUUCUGAUUCUGAUAAAGACAUUGGUCUAAACAGUCAGGCGGAUGCACAUGAGGGGGUGGGCAGUAUUGUUACUGAUAGAGUUAUUCUUUCCUCAGAAUCUACUGCUGUUUAUGAAACAAAUGGUGCACUUUUGAGAGAGCAUGGGACAUUACCUAAUGACAGUCAUGAUGGCUCAAAUGAUAGUGUUGUUGAUGAUGCAAAUGUUCUUGCGGCAACCAAUGGUGUUCUUCAAGAAAAGCAAGAAUCUUUUCACGAGCAUGUUCGAUCAAAUGAAAGUGUACCGGUUGAUGAUGUUCAGAGCUUAGAUGGCCAAUCUAGCAUUACAGUAUCUGCUAAUUCCAUAAAUGGUUUUAACUCAGAGCCUGAAGUCACAAACAAGACUAUUGAAGCUUCUAAUGAACGCAGUCUGCAAGAUGAGCUUGAGCAACCAUUGCUUGAUACUAUCUGUGAUCAGCAAGAAAGCGGUGGCAGUCCUGUUUCUCAUCCAGCAUUGGAUACGAAGGGACUGCUGCACACAGAAGUCCAGCACAGUGUGGUAGAGGUAGAUGAAAGUCAAUUCAAGAAAUCAACAUCUGGGGUUACAAAGGAAGAGGUUGAGGCAACUGAUGCCAGGCAUGAACAAGGAACGAGCACCACAACCACGAUCAGCAGGCAUGCACUUUGCCUUCUAACUUUGCGUUGCAUGCUUACUGUUUAUAAUUUCCUUCAUAUGUCGCAAAAGGCGACAGUAUAUUAGGAGAACUUCAAAAGUGCAGCAGAAGAAAGAUGACAAUCUAUUCUGGCUUGUCCUUAGGGCAUUUGUUGUUGCUAUAUCAAAAAUCUGGGCAAAGUGAACAAUGCAGAGAAGGCAGCUUAUGUGGAACUAAAGAUCAAGAUGCAUCCUUCCUACUGGAAAACAAGAACUGCUCCAUAGAGUUCCAUUUCUACCGUACGAAUAUAUAUGCUUCUUUUGUGAUGCAGUUAGGCUAUUUAUUAGAGGAGAGACAUAUAGUUGGUUUAGUUUGUAGUCGCUUCCCACUGUAGGUGUAAUGUUUUGUGGUCUUGGUCAGCUGUGUGAAACAUCUACUACAACUAAAAUGGAUGGCAUGCGCUUUUCUUGUAAAAGGUGCAAGACCUCUGUUAUAUUAUCUGAAAUUUGCGGAGCUAUUCUGGUACUCGCCAACUGAACGGGCGUUGGCUUGUUUCUAUUCUGGUGAAAUUUAGCUUGGAUUUACCUCUGA